CAGGUACAGAAGGAAGUAGAGCGUAGCUGCCCAUACAGAAUGGAGCACUAGUGCCUUCCACAGACUCAGCAGCAGCAUCACUCAUAGAGCGGGAGCUGCUUUCCACUAUCACUUCUGCCAGGGUUUCUACCCCUGGGAUGAGGAUCACGAAACAAAAUUAAAUCAGUUGCAUUCCAUCCAUUUUCCAUCUUCUUCAGUGAGUUGACAGUGAUAAAAAAUUAAGGCCCUCAGAAACCUUGAGGCGUGUUUGUAAUAUUCUGUUCUCCAAAUACUAACAGCACAAACUUCGAGAGACAUGGAAAAGACCUAUUCUCUGACAGCCCACUAUGAUGAGUUCCAGGAAGUUAAGUAUGUUAGCAAGUAUAAUAGCAGCAGCACACUUUCUAAUGGCUUUAAUAUCCAGGUGAGCUCCAAAAAACAGUCAAAGGGCAUACCACGCUGGAACAGGAGGGAGACUUGUCUGCUAUCUGGGCUGGUGUUUGCAGCUGGACUAUGCGUUAUUUUAGGGUGCAUGCUGGUGUUGAAGUAUCUGUCUAUGGACCAGGAUGGACAAUGCUUAGAAGAGUGCCAGGAGAGAAAAGCUUUCAUGAGGGCUUCCAAAUUUAUAAGCAACAAUAUAGAUCCCACCAUAUCGCCCUGCACUGACUUUUACUCAUUUGCGUGUGGAGGUUGGCUAAGACGACAUAGGAUACCAGAGGACAAACUGAUAUAUGGCACUAUAGCAGCUAUUGGGGAACAGAACGAAGACAAAUUGCAGCAUCUUCUUUUACAACCUAUAAGGAGGAAGCACAGAGGAUCUUCUGAGAGGAAGGUGAAAGAGUUCUUCAGGUCUUGUCUCAAUAUGAAAGAAAUUGACCGUUUGGGGGCAACUCCAAUGCUACAAGUUCUUGAUGAUUGUGGCGGUUGGGAUCUGCCAGAAUACUCCAAACACAAGUGGGACUUUAAUGAAUUGCUAUAUAAGACACAAGGAGUGUACAGCACAGCGGUGUUCUUCUCACUGACAGUAAAUUUAGAUGACAAAAACUCUUCCAGAUAUGUCAUCAGGAUUGAUCAAGAUGGCCUGACUCUUCCAGAGAGAACUCUCUACCUGGGACAGGAUGAAGACAGUGAAAAGAUUUUGGUAGCUUAUACAGAGUUCAUGCAGAAGAUCCUAAGCCUCCUGGGUGUUGAGAAUGUGCAAAAAAAGGCCCAGGAAAUUCUGCUACUAGAACAAGAUCUUGCCAAUAUCACAAUCUCAGAAUUUGAUGACGUUCGGCGAGAUAUAAGCACUAUGUACAACAAGGUCACCAUAUCUCAACUGCAGCAAAUCGCGCCAUAUAUUAAAUGGAAACACCUUUUGGACAGGAUAUUCCAUGAAAACUUUUCUGAAGAUGAAGAAGUUGUUGUGCUAGCCACAGAUUACAUGCAGAAGGUAUCUGAGAUGAUACGUACUACACAAACAAGUGUCCUGCACAACUACAUGCUAUGGCGACUUGUAGUAGUACUGAGUGAGCAUCUAUCAGCUCCCUUUCGAGAUGCGCUUCAUGAAUUGUCUAAAGAGAUGGAGGGUUCCGAGAAACAGCCGGAGCUGGGAAAAGUCUGUCUUACACAGGCCAAUAAACAUUUUGGAAUGGCACUGGGAGCCUUGUUUGUAGAAGAAUAUUUCUCAUCAACCAGCAAAGGCAAGGUACAACAACUUGUUGAAGACAUUAAAUAUAUACUAGACAACCGACUGGAUGAGUUAGAUUGGAUGGACAAGGAGACCAAAGAAGCUGCAAGGACCAAACUGAAGCAGAUGAUGGUGAUGAUUGGAUAUCCUGAUUCCCUGCUCAAACCAGAAGUAAUAGACAAAGAAUAUGAAUUUGAGGUUCAUGAGAAGACCUAUUUCAAGAACAUUCUAAACAGUGUUAGGUUCAGCAUCAAACAGUCAGUAAAGAGGAUCCGUCAGGAAGUGGACAAGUCGGCGUGGCUGCUCCCUCCACAGGCCCUUAAUGCCUACUAUCUCCCUAACAAGAACCAAAUGGUGUUUCCUGCUGGUAUCCUGCAACCUACACUCUAUGAUCCAGAUUUUCCCCAAUCUUUAAACUAUGGCGGCAUAGGUACCAUCAUCGGGCAUGAGCUGACACAUGGAUAUGAUGACUGGGGGGGUCAAUAUGACUCAUUUGGAAAUCUCAUCCACUGGUGGACUGAGGAAUCCUACAGCAAAUUCCUAAAGAAAGCAGAAUGCAUUGUAGAUCUAUACGAAAACUUUACUGUGUACAACCAGCGGGUAAAUGGAAGGCUAACUUUGGGAGAAAAUAUUGCAGAUAUGGGUGGCCUUAAAUUAGCAUAUUAUGCAUACCAGAAGUGGGUUAGAGAAAAUGGUCCAGAACGCCCACUACCCCGCCUAAAAUACACUCAUGAUCAGCUGUUUUUCAUUGCAUUUGCACAGAAUUGGUGUAUAAAGAGAAGGUCUCAGUCUAUAUACCUGCAAGUCUUGACUGAUAAACAUGCUCCUGAACAUUACCGAGUUAUGGGCAGCGUCUCUCAGUUUGAAGAGUUUGGAAGAGUAUUCCACUGCCCGAGAAAUUCCCCCAUGAACCCGGUUCAGAAGUGUUCUGUGUGGUGAUCCAUAGAGGGCUUUGCUAAUAUUAGCUCCACCACAGCACAAAUACUCCUUGUGUCUAAAUCAGGAGAAGAAUGUCUAAGUGUGCCUUUUAGACUACCUGACAAAGGGUUGCUGAGCCCUUGUCACCCCCUGAAGAGAAUGGCUCAUUGAGUUCAUGAUGUACACAGAAGAUCAGUUUCUGACAAGAACAAAAAAAAAAAGACAUUUUAUGAUCUUCCCAUUUCUAAAGAAUCGCACUAUGGACUUAUUUCCACAGAUGAUUUUGGGCCAGUGGCACCCACAAUUGGUGACCGUUAGAGUUAAAGAUGGAGUAUUUUAGCUUCAACUCAGAGGUAAAAUAAUCUACUUGGACACUGGAAACCUAAAAUAAAGGAUGGUUCAUGUAACUGACAGCAGAAGUUGACACCAUCGAUAACCAACCAUGAAGCCUUUACAUUUCACACUAGAUAUGGUAGCUGACAGCAAAAGGACCAUUAGUAGGACUUGAACAUGCAAAGACUGGUUACUGAGCCACUGGCACCCACUCAAACCUUUGUGCCUAUUGAGCACUUUACAGUCAGAAUGGGCUUAGUUUCCUACCGUACAUAUCCACUGAUGGUAACCACAUUCUUUGCACCCAUGUAAUGCAAGGUAUGACAGCCAAUCAUAUCUAAAAAGGAUAGACUGCAGCACUCUCAUGCAAAGAAAAUAUAAAUAUUGGUGAUAGUGUAUGUACAGUACAUCCAAAAAUCCCACUUUGUUUAUUUGCAGAAUAAAAACGUUCUAAGCAUUUUUAAGGCAUUUAUAUGAGAGAAUGAUAUGUUGCAGGAAUGGUAACCACCAUGAGUCUUCUACUGUGCCUUCUGUAUUUGGAGCAGAUCAGGCCUAAUUUCCACAGAAGUUUUUUCCAUCAGUUUUUU